GCGAAUGAAAUUGGUGAAGCUGAUAUUCAGCAUCGAACAGUUUGAAAAAAUUCUUCGUUGAGGAUAGAUCGCUAUUUUUUUAGUAGGAGUAAAUAAAAAUCGAACGAGAUAUUUGACAUCGAACCUCAGUAAACUUAAAUAAAUAAAUAAGGUUUCCUGUUCGAACACAAGCAACAGCAAAUCGAUCAAAAUGUUUAAAAGUCAUUUGGAAAUGAUUGGUCGCAACGAGACCCCCAGCAAGAAGGCGAAAUUCUGGCAAUCUUACAUCAGAUCGCUGAAAGGCUCUGAAGAUAUUCGUGCCCACGAGGCUCCACGCGUAAGCCGCCCAUACAGCUCAUACUUGGACUCGCCAAGCACAUACAGGAGCAUCUUCGAUGAGCCCGCCACUGCCAAUGAGCGUGUGCAGUCGCACGGCUACAGAUACUUGCCCGUGAGCAGAGACACCUAUGGCUACUCGCCACGUGCCAUCUACGAUCACCAUUACAGCAGAACAAUUCCAGCCAACUACGACGCAGAGAGGGCUUGGAAUGACCACUUGAAGCGCAUGCAAGAAAUCGAACGCAGAUACCCAUCUCGUUAUGGUCUCUACCUGAAGGAUAAGCCAUACACACCCAACGCUUUGGUGCCCUUGGAAUACGAGCCAGAAGAUAAGUUGCUCCAAUCACUCAACAAGGAACGUUUAACGCCAUCGUCACGUCCAGGACGUUUAUACCGUGCCGGCAGUGAACCCUACAUGCCAGUACCAGCAUUGCGUGAACCGAGUGUGUCACGUGCCUCACGCGCACCAUCGGCUUUCGAACGUGCACGCAGCUUGGCGCCAUCAUUGUUCGAUCGCGCACGCAGCUUGGCUCCCAGGCCAUUGUUCCGUGCCAGCUCGUUGGAACCUUUGGAUGAAAUCUUUGAUAGUAAGUUAGAAAAUCCUGUUGCAGAGAGACCUUUUGAGCGUGCCGGCUCACCAAGUCCCACUCCCGUUAAGGCUGGCCGCUGGGGACCGCGUCCCAAUGAAGUCGCCUAUGAUGCUAAUGGACUUCCAAUCUUCCAUCCACGCAACCGCAUCAGGGAUUUGUUCAACCCCAAUCCCAAUACACCCAUCUCAGCGUUCAUACGCGAUCCCUUCUGGUGGGAUGUCGAUGAUUUGGCACCUUUACGCGCCUUAUCCGUGCCACGUGCCCUAUCCGUGCCACGGGCCUCUAGCCCCAUUACGCGCGAUUCGUUCUUGUCGCCGGUGAAGAAUCGUUACUUGUGGUCGAAACAUCCAGCUAGACCAUUGACCCCCAACCUUUAAGCCAAUCAAAUUGUUAAAGAAAAUAAAGAAAAUUGCACACCGUACGAUUUUGUAAACACGACGACAAUGCGAUCAAAUGCGAACUUUGUUUUAAUAAACAAGCAAAACGAAUAAUGAAACGAGGCCCACUAAAAAAAACGAUAUCAUAUUAGCCGAUCUUAUCCAUCAAACGAAAAUUUUUUCAACGCACCAAAGAAGAUCAUCAUCAACAACAAAAAUAAAAACCAUUAGAAAUCGUCACCAAUGCAAGAAGUAAAAUGAGCUCUUGAAACGAGAACAGGAGUUUCAGUUAACGCAAAAAACCAAAAAAGUUAAACUGGUGGACCACAGUAAUAAAAUAAAAACAACAAUAAAUUAGAAAGUCAAAAAUUCUAUCUCAGCAACGAAUCUAUUUAUUUACUUGCAAAAUUUUGUAUUUUAUAUAAAUUAUGUAUUUAUUUAAUUUUUUGUGCUGCCAAUGUUGACAAUAAUGGAAGAUAAUAUAAGUUAAUGAGAAGCGAAAUAAAUGUUACAAAAGAAAAAAAUAAUAAAAAAAUAAAAUCAAUAAAUAAGAAAAUAAAAAACACAAAUAAAAAGACCUGAGUGCAUAUUUCCCGAAACUCGUUUUUGCGAACAACAGCAAAAACCGAAUUAUUUUCUAAUUUUAUUAUUAACUGCAACUCUUUACUAAGUAUUGCAAAUAAAAAAAAAAUGGGUUUACAUUUAUUGUAGAAGUGAAGAGCUUCACGCAGAGGCUGAAAGUGUUUAAUGUUUUAAGAUCACUGAAUUUAGUUGAUUCAGUGAUUUUGUUAGUAAGUAAUAGACGAAGAAGAAUUGUUCCUUUUUUGUAUAUUUGUGUAAGUUUUAUUUAAAAUUUUAGUUAAGAAAAAAAGAAAAACAAUAAAUUUAAAAAAAAAUCAACAAAAUUCAAGCAUUAAGAAAGCAUGUGCACACAUCCUGUAUUGCGUGGGUUUUAUGAAAGCAAUUCGACCAGCGAGUCCUUUGCAUUUGCACGUACAUUUGUAUGAAAUUGUUAAACUUACAAUGUAAAGUGGUAAAGUAAAUCGAAAACAUUUGUAUUAAAAUUUAAACUGAAUUGUAUGUCUGCCAACCUUUUAUAAGAAAGGAAAAGUUAUAGAAAUAAAAUGCAAUUACAACAACAACACCACAUGA